AUGGGCGAUCUGCGACCGCUUCAGGCGUACACUGACAGGAAGAGCAUCUAUUCUGGUCCUUUCUGCGAUAUAUACAAGUGCAAAACCACCAGCCAAGAGACCGUGGCACUUAAAGUGGUGGACUUAGAUUUUCUCCAUAAACCGCAUAAUUUUCGACGCGAGGUUGCGUUUAUGCAAAGGCUAAGUCAUCCUAACAUUGCUCGAUUUAUAGAUAGCUUUGCUUGUGGAGAGGACCACUACAUGGUGAUGGAUUAUUAUGAGUUGGAUUUAAAUUCUGUUCUUGCGCAUUUUUCAACACAAAGAAUGAAGUUCAAUUUGGAAGAUCCCACAAAGUAUCACGUAGUCAAAACGAAUGGUUUGCCUACAGAUGAGAUUGGUCCUAUGGUGUGGUCUCUAGUGCGGGCGCUAGAGUUCGUUCACAAGAGCGGGAUAAUCCACCGCGAUAUAAAGCCGGCGAAUAUUUUCUUCAAGAAUUUGGAUAGUUUAGGGUCACCGGUCAUUGGUGAUUUUGGGAUCUCCUAUGACACAAGAAAUCCGCCUUCCGAUGAGCCUUCUGAUAAAAAGUACACUGAUGUCUGUACGGGAUAUUAUAAGGCACCUGAAUUAUGCUUUGGAGUGACGGAUUAUGAUUUCUCCAUUGAUUACUGGUCAUUGGGUAUUUUGCUUUCUGUGUUGUACUCUAGGGACGGGAACCCGGCUAAUUUUGUCAAAGCUGACCCCGAUGACCCAGAUAAAAGUCCUGAGAUUAAUGAUUUUGUUCUCAUACUGGGGAUCUUCAAUGCAUUUGGUACUCCAGAUAUCGUUGAUUCAAGCAGUGAAUUGUAUUGGGAAAAAUUGGGCCGAGAAGAGUAUCAUUUCGUGAAAUUCCAAUAUCGGGCUCAGCCGCGGAAAUUGACGGGCGCCUUGAUUCCUCGAUGUGAUGAUCAUGAUAUUCAAGCAUUGUUUGAAGGCUUGACAAAAUAUGAUGGCAGAAAGCUAAUUGGGCCACCAAAAUAA